AGGACAUUAGAAAUAAGAACGCCGCAAAAACAUACUCUAUUAUGGAGAAAUUUUGUGGAAGUGAUCUGUAAAGGCCUCUGGCUGUCUUUAGUUUUGCUGUUGUUGUUUUUUACCCUUGCUUUGUGUGUAUCUCUGCACCCCAUGUAUGCUUGUAAGUAUCUAUGAGUAUAUCUCUGUAUGUAAGGUUUUGUGUGUCGCACAAAAAAAAAAAAAAAGUCUCCGCCCCCUGCAGCAGCCGCCUGGGCUCGUGCACUGUCAGUUCGUCUCAGCGUGUUCACAUGAGGAGGGUUUUGUUCUGAAAAUCCCGUACAGGAAGCAGUUCCGCUACGUGACAGACCGGAAGUCCACGUCAGUGCUCAGACCAGCUCAGACAGUGAACCGGGACCGGAGCCGCUUCUUUCUGGAGUCGACCAAAUGGCGGACGAGGCCACGCGCAGAGCCGUGUCACAGAUCCCGCUGCUGAAGACGCACGCGGGGCCGCGGGACCGCGCGCUGUGGCCGCAGCGGCUGAAGGAGGAGUACCAGGCUCUGAUCCAGUUCGUGGAGCAGAACAAGGCGGCGGACAACGACUGGUUCCGCCUCGAGAGCAACGCAGACGGCACGCGCUGGACCGGUACGUGCUGGUUCAUCCACGAGCUACUGCGCUACGAGUUCCGGCUGGAGUUCGACAUUCCGGUGACGUAUCCGGACACCGCGCCCGAGGUGGCGGUACCGGAGCUGGACGGCAAGACCGCCAAGAUGUACCGCGGCGGGAAGAUCUGCUUGACCGAACACUUCGCGCCGCUGUGGGCGCGCAACGCGCCGCGCUUCGGCCUGGCGCACCUGAUGGCGCUGGGACUCGGACCUUGGCUGGCCGUGGAGAUACCGGACCUGAUCAGCAAGGGACACGUGGUCCACAAGGAGGGGCAGCGCGAGGCGGCUGCGGAGUGACGUCUUCGGACGAACCCGGACAUUGACUGAAAACUGUUUGAUACAGGGUGACGUCACGUUACGUAAAAUGAUAAAUAAAUGAAUGAGGUUUGGUUGAGAG